UAUCGAUUACGAUUGUAACAAUAACAUCUCCAUAGAGUCCAUGACGAAGACGAAGACAUUCAAUCACUGAUGGAAGAAAACUUGACACAACAGUACGACAUCGAUGACAUACAUGAUUCAGCGCAAUACUACAACACAUCGAGUCACUCAGUCGGGAAACAAUGGUCCCAGAAACAAACGCCCCAAAAUAGCCGUCUAUAAACAUGUCGGGAAGUCACGGAAUCACUUUCACUUGAUGUUCAGUUUCAGUUGAUGCUUUAUCAAGAUGGAAAUGGCGAGAAUCCCGCUAUUGGUGCUGUUAAUCUAUAUACAUCAGUCAUCAGCUGAGACCCACUGUUUCUGGUCAUCAGACGACGGUCGUUGUAUUGACUGUCACAUGGGCUGGUAUGGGGACUACUGCAACAACAAAUGUCCCGGCUACUGCGACAUCGGCGGCUGUCACAAGGACACCGGGAUAUGUGUACAGUGUGACGCUGGCUACCACGCCACUAACUGUACACUAACAUGUCCCCCCAACUGUAGAUACAGUCAUGGUGACAAGCCCCCAAUGUAGUCGGGAGACAGGACACUGUCUGGAAAACUGUCUGGAAGGCUGGUGGGGAGACUGGUGUGAGAGGAAGUGCAGUGAGGGAUGUGAAGACAGCUCCUGCUACUUCUGGGACGGGUCGUGUUAUAAAGGAUGCAGGGAUGGUUGGGCCGGUGACAGUUGUGACACCAGGUGUCCAGUGGGGUGUCAUAGUGACACAUGUGAGAGGUACGGCAGCCAUAAGUGCACACAAGGAUGUCAACGCGGUGUUCACGGACAUCACUGUGACAAGCAGUGUAACAGACACUGUAGACAUCAGGACUGUUUCUAUGACCACGGUAUGAAGUCUACAGUCUGCAGACAGGGCUGUGUGGAUGGCUGGAUGUCUCUCGACUGCAAGAUGAGGUGUCCUGGUAACUGUGAGGCAUGUUCUCAAGAGACUGGGGAAUGUUCCAGGUGCAAGCCAGGCUACUGGGGAUCUGACUGCACAAGCCAUUGUAGUGUCACGUGUUCAAACAAGACAUGUGACAGAGGUGAUGGAAGAUGCUCUGGUUGUAUACACGGUUACUAUGGAAACACCUGUGAUACGGGUUGUGGGGCUGACUGUAUGAGAUGUCUCCAGGUAGACGACGGUUGUGGAUGUAGGGAGGAAUGCCACACGAUGUGCCUGCAGCACCAUCAACAGGGGAGGGCUGUGUCGUCGAUCACGGAGGGCUCCAGUGAUGAUCCGCCGGUCAUCGCGUCUCGUGGUACCUCUGGGGCGACCACUUCGAGGCCUAUCCUGGACUCUUCCAGUGGCUGUGUAACGUGCCCAUGGCCUGCUGACUACAGACUGCGAGACACCCGGUUGUGCUGCUGUGUGGGCUUGUGUUCUUCCGGCCUGGAGCAUCCCUAUGGCUCUCAAUCUUUCGUCUUUUCUUGUGACAUCGACGAUCUAGGAAUGGACAUGACGUACAUGUUGGUGGCGUUCUUCUGUGUGUCAGGCCUACGAGGAGUGCUCCUGGCUAUAUGCUGUGACCACUGUGAGGGCCAACCUACAGACGCUGAUUGUCAAAUAUGCAGGAAUAGAACCAGGACCUGUUCUGAAGCUUUACAGGAAACAACCCUGGUCUGUACAGACGGAUGUAUUGACGGUAAGAAGGGAAUAUACUGCCAGGAAGAUUGUCUGUCGACAUGCUCCAAGUGUGAACGCUACGGUAGUGUUUGUCUACAGUGUAAGGAUGCACUUAGCUAUGGAAAGAAGUGUGACAAACGUUGCCCUCCAAACUGCAAAGGUGGAUGCGCCAAAGAGAAUGGUAUUUGCACAACGUGUGCAUUGGGAUUUAGAGGAGCCAGAUGUGAAACACCUUGCAGGCCAGGUUGUGAGGUAUGUCCUCGUUACACGGACGGAUGUUUCACGUGUUUGUCUGAUCGCUAUUACGGCAAGGACUGCAGGUUUCCUUGUCCACAGAACUGUCUUCAAUGCAAGAAAGACACGGGAGACUGUACUGAGUGUGUGCAUGGAUACAGCGGGAAACAGUGCACCGAACAUGUACAGAAACUGGACCCUAAUACCGUCCUCAUC